AUUCUACCAAUGUGAUUGGCUGGCAAAGGCAUCGCGCAUCACGCCACAAGUGCUUCACUCACUCGCGAUGACGGUAUCUCGACUCGAGCAGGCUUGGGAACGGAAAGGAGCACCUUACACACUGGCCUGCUUUACGUGAAAUGUGGGAAGAUCGCAGUGCCCGGCUGAGCCCUUGCCUUUCUCUGCGAGUGCGCGCUUCAUUGGGAGACGUUAUAAAAGAAGGUGUCGUAUUGUUUUCUUUCACAUUAGUACAACUAUUUAACAUGGUAUGCUGAUCCGUUAUAUAGUUGUGCAUUACAUGUAGCUGUCAUUAUUUAUUGCAGUGUCAUCAAAAGUGUAAAGGAGAGUAUCUGCGUUACUAUGCCAUCGGUAUUUUCAUCUGUGUCAUCAGUUGCAUGUACGGUUUUAGCAGCUAGUUGCUUCCUAUAUAUUUUGACAUGUCUUGCACCACCUGUUUCAACAGGAAAAGAGAAUCGACUAAGAUUUCCCAGCAAUCUCAGAGAGCUUCAGCAACUGGCUGAACUUUUACAAUUAUAUUACAGCAGCAAUUCCCUCUACGUAUUAGUGCUCUUCAGCAGCGCAUACCUGUAUAAGCAAGCAUUUAUCAUACCAGGAUCUGCAUUACUGGCAAGUGGAGAAAAAUUCACACCAGAUGAUCUAUUUUUUACUGUUCCUGAGAUUGUUUCCUAUGACUCCAAACUGGCUCUUAAAUUUGAUAUCACCUAUAGUACAAAUACCACUACAUCUCUUCUUCUUUACUGUUCUUAUUGAAGCCCUAUCAGAUGUCUGAUGCCUUACAACUUUAUGUGCGUUCAAGCUGGGGAAAUGCUGGCCUCGCUUCGAUCAUUAGACCUCAUUUUUAACUUCCAGACUGUGAUAAAAUUAGCUGGAUUUGCUUUAGUAGCCCUUCUUCCUAGCUUUGUAAUAAAAAAAACUGUGGUUGUGGGUAGUUGAGGAAUUAAUGAUUUUAGUCUGUGUACCUGAUAAAUGCAGAUUGGUUGAUUAUUGUAGUGACCCUUGGCACAUGUGAUUGAUAAUAGUAUGUUUCUGAAUGGUGUUCAUUUUAGAGCAUGCUUCAUGUUUGCCAUUAAGGAUACAUUCCUCUUGUUAUGUUUUGAUAAUUUUAUUGUCCCUUUCAAAGCACAUUGAGAGUGAUUCCAUAAUUUAAUUUAGAUGUAUUGUAAUAACCAUAUUUUUAUGCUUUUAUAAUGUAAUGACUAGCUGAACAUAUGUUCCUGUCAUUGAGUAGUACAAUAUCCAAAUAAUUCUGGGGGUAAACUUAUGUCUGGAAUAGUGGCUAAAGGACUUGGUGAAAGAAAACUUCAGACAAUAUAUACUGUGUAAGAACAUUGUGUCUAUAUAGUUAUAAUUAUUAUUUACCAUAAUUUAUAUGAAGUCAGAUGUAUUUAUACAUAAUGCAACAAAAAUAAAUGAAUACUGUAAAGUUCUUUAAAUUUAUUGUUCAAUAUUCACAAUUAUAAUUGCAAGGGAUUCAUUUUUGUUAUUGUGUACAUGUGUAUAUUCAGUAUUGUAACGAUCACUCUGACAGGGACAGUGUCAAGUGUGCUCAGCAGGAGUUGCGAACAACUACCUUCAACACCAAUCUUCAACAGCAGCUGAAGAUUUCUAAGGAAUAACUUCCUAUGGUGCCGAGACUUAUCUUCAGGAUCUGGGUCUCUCAGAGUUAAAUUUUCCAUGUGAUUGGUAUCAGAUGUGCUCAACUUACUCUACUGAAUAAAAUUGCAAAAAGUUCCUUCAAUGUAGUUCCUGAAGGGAGCACACAUUUAUUUCUGAAAUUCUUGCUCCAACUACUACUACAAUGUUAGACACUUUUUUAUGUGAAUUUU